AUGUACUACGCUGAUCAUAUAUCAAGUAGCAGACUUACUCAUUUCAACCCAUGCACGCUCAAGCAUGCCCACAACGCGCCCACUCUCACGUCGCGUGUUCAAUGGAGCACCGGACGGUCUCAAACGGGUUUAACCGAUUCCCAACAAAGGAGUGUUCCCGUCAGAGACACCAAAUAUCUAUCCAAGAGCACAGAGGAAGACGCCCAUGGUUCCAAUUAUUCGCCGGGUCCAUCGGAAAUGGACGAGCUAGACGAGUUGAUACCGUCAGAUGAUGAGCAGCCUCCGCCAUGCAGUCACCCAUCAACCGGAACCUCCGAGCCGUCACGGCCUUCAUAUACAGCCAGGAAGGCUCUUUCUACCAGCGAGGACACGUAUUCCGCCCGCUCCUAUUCGGAUUCGUCGGAUACGGAAAGGCGCCAACCAAGUUUUCCGGGGAACAGGGACAUUAUUGACAGCCGUUUCCCUAGUGCCAGUCCCAGCCCACCCACACAACACAGUACUGAGCUUGAGACACCCUCACCACUUAGUGACACACCAUGUCGCUGGGAUCAUUCAUACGACUCCGCGUCUACAUCGCUCGGCUUGCAUCUUAGCCCGAGCAGAAAGCCUUUGUCAAAAGAUGAUGCGCUAGACCGUGUUGGUUCAUGGCGUGCUGAAUCGCUUCGAAAUGGAGCGGACAGGGAUAACUCACGAUAUGAACGCUAUGGUCCCGAAAGUCGUCACAAUAUAUCGAGAAAUGUGCGCGCGGCUUACUCGCCAUCAAUAGCAACGUCUUCCACUCCGUCAAGUCCUCGACCCGUUCUUCCAUCUAUACAUCAUCUUAAUGCUACGCUGCCUGUGAACACAGGCAACACUCCUGGUGUCAUGCAUUGGCGGUUUCGAGAACCAGCGGAGUCGCGCAACUUAAAGCGUAUCAGUCCCGCUUAUCAGAGCUCAGCGGAUCAUUAUGACAAUUCCCGCUCAUCGACGGCUUCGCCAAACGCACUCCCGCCUUUGUUACCUCACAUAAAAAUGAUCGCGCAGGGCUAUUCGGCACAUCGUCCAGAUGUGCCAUUGAUGCCUCUCCCCGUCGUCCCGCACCCAGCUGUAACGAAUCCGGCACCGGCACGAAACAAGAAUGCUUGGAAGGACUAUGCUCAGUUAAUCUCAGGACCGAACGACCAGACCGAGUUCCGCUGCGUCUGGCGUGUCGGUUUUGCCGGAGAGUCUACUGAUCAUUGUGGAUAUACUGCCAAACGGCACCUAGUGAAACGCCACAUUGAAACGCGCCAUCUGCAAUUCAAGUACGAAUUCUGUAUUUGCCGUAACAUACCGGAGCCAAACCUCAUCCGUGCCGCUACGUUGACUGCGACAAGACCUUCAGUGAUCCCGCCAGGAGACACAAGCACAUGGUCGAGGCCCAUGGGUACAAUCCACAAGGUCCUCGGAAACGUCAUCGCACCGUAG